UCUAGGCUAGACUCCGAUUCAUUCUUUUGUAUUAAUUAUCUUUCACGAGUGAUCAAAAAUCAUGCAUCUCGCCUGGACAUGAGACGUCGGAGGACGUAUUCCGACAAGUUGGUACACUUUGACAGCCAUUUAGGACCCGAAACUGGCGAGGACGACACGAAAAGACGCUUGUUUCCCCUUGCCCCCACCCCGUUUCUUUGCGAGGAUUAUGAGACAUUCUUCACCGAAACGGGAAUAUAUGAACAUCCCAGCAGUCGGCAUCCUAAUGACAGCAGACGUUGUACACUGACCUCGACUUGGCAAAGAGCGAUCCUGUGGGCAUCGCAACCCACUCUCAGAUCAUCACAUAUGCGCACCAUUGGAAUUGUCUUCAUCAUUCCGCAACAAUAAAAUCAGUACAGUCACGUGAUGCCGACAUGUUCACAGUUGUUGACCGCAACGUACAGGAGAUGACUACAACUUUAAAUGCAGACAAAGGCAAAUUCUAUACAUAUGCUCAUAAGAAAGGGACAAGACCGAAAAUUGUCUAUGCGACCGUUGGGACAGGAGUAACCGUACCCAGAGAGACGAUCAGAAAUGUUUUUUUCAACACUGGAGCAUCAGACAGGAGUCCAACUGCUGGGGAACGGAAUCAGCUGGAUGUUCUCAAGCAGGAGCUGGAGGCCUUUGCUGUGCCCACCAACAUGACGUGGAGUUGGAAAGAACAAAGUAAUGGAAGCAUGUUGGAAAGUAACUGGACCGACAUUGUCAAAUCUCACUCGGCGAUGACUCAGACGCAGCGUCACCAGCAGGAAGCUCUGUGGGAGUUUGUGCAGACUGAGCUCAACUACAUUAACAAUCUCAUUAUCAUCCAAGAUUUGGUGAUUGCAGCGCUGAUCAACAUGCACCGGUGUGGAUUCCUCAUGGAGGUGACCCCCGAGAAGCUUUUUUCCAACGUCUCCGUCAUCCUCCGCGCACACCAGCUGUUCUGGAAGGAAGCCAUUUAUCCCAUGUUAUGUGAUGUCCGCUCCAGGGGCAUACCCUUGGACCCCCUGAAGUUGGAGCUUGGCUGCCUGCAGUGGCAUAAACGCUUCUCUGAGUACCACCAAUACUGUGCAGAGGAAGCAAGGAAUAUUGAGUUUGUGCGCGAGCAGAUGGAGAGCAAUCCACAUUUCUCAACUUACAUCAAGUGGGUAGAGACUCAUCCUCACUGUCGGCGUAUGUGCAUCGGAGGCCUGCAGGCCAAACCCCACUGUAGAAUCACCAAGUAUCCCCUCCUUCUAAAGGCUGUGCUCAAAAGCACCACAGACCCUCUUGUGGAGCGCCGCCUUCACGGAAUGUUAUCCAGCAUGAACAGUUUUCUGGAGAGCAUCAAUGACUACCUCAGGCUGGAGGAAGAUAAGACGAAGCUCUCCCUCUGUUCGGAGAGGCUAGAGGGAUACGAGAUUGAGGGAAUAAACGAGGAAAUUGACCAGCACAUCCGAGAUAACUUCGAUCUGACGUGCCCCAUGGUGGGUGUUGGCUCAGGGGUGGUACGUAAGCUCCUCCUUGAGCAGAACCUGAAGGUCCGGUUCAGAAAAGACAGCAAGACGGAGGUGAUGGCUCUACUCUUCUCAGAUGUACUUCUCAUGACCAAACUGCAGAAGAAAAGCGAGCUCCUGAAGGUGGUUCGGCCUCCUCUGGCCCUCAACAAAAUCAACUGCAUUGCACUCAAGGAUAACUGUUCUUUUCUUCUGGUAGAGGUGGGGGAGCUUUGUUGUCGUGUGAAUGCCUAUGUAUUUACAACCAGCACCCCAGAAAGCUGCUACAAAUGGGUGUCCACCAUUAAUGACGCAAAGGUGACGCUGAGAAACUUGAGAGAGGCAGAGAGUAGAAGACAGUCGGGUGUGAAAAGACUUUCUGUGGCAAAUGAUGAAAUGUCUUUGGACGUUGGCUCGAGAGAAAGACUACAUGAGGUCCAACCAGAGCAGCAACUGAGUCAGUCUUGGAACCACACACAUCUAUCCAUCCCCACUAAGCAACUAACCUUGGUACCAGGCGGGUAUCCAGAUGUGGAUUACCCAAUAAAUGACCUCAACACCUCAUACCAAACGGGACCAUCCGAUUUUGAAGGAGAUUCCCAAACUGUCAACUAUCCUACCCGUAGAAUUCCCGAUCUUACGCAGUUGGAAGUGUUGUCUCCUGAGACUAAAGCAUUCUCCACAAAGCCAAAGUCCCCCAUAGUAUACAGGAAGACAAUGGUUGUUGAAAACCAAGACUACCCUUCUCAGACGAUACAAACUUCAGAGCUAUUGUGGUCAAAAUCCAACAAUGACUCCGACCAGAGCCUAAACCCAAAGAUUCUGACGAUAAGUGACUUAAAGCCCACCCAGGACAGCUUUUGGACAACAAACGGCUCCAGAGGCUCACUGAACUCUCAGUCAUUCUCCGAACCUGAACUGCUGACUUUAAGUUCCGAUAAAAAGCAGGGGCUGAAAACCCAGAGAAGCGUUUCCGAUCUUACCACCGGCAAUCUGGAUGGGUCUGCUACACCGUCAUCUGUGAACACUCUUCUGGAAAGAGCCAUGGGUAGAACGAGAGACAGAGACAUGUCAAAAGAUAUUUUGUUUAAUGUAAGGCCCAGGCAUCGUUUUACUUCGUUGUCGCCCUCGGCUGACGUAGACAGAGACACAGACGUAGACAGAGACACAGAGUGGGAGAGGGAAGAAGAGAAGCAGUUGCUCAGGCCUCAAGCUCCCAUGGUCAGUGGAAAAUGGAAGGAGCAGCUGGUGGACGGAGAAGAAGAUGACAAGCUGGACAGUCCUUCCUUUACAAACGGCAACAACGUGGACUCGUCCGGCUGCUUCUUAGCUGACACGGAGACGAUGAACUACUUGCCGGUAGGCAAUGUGGAAGACGAGAGCCAAUCGCUGACGUACGGCGAUGUUUCCGAGCAAAUCUACGAGCAAUGUAGUCAGGUGUAGUAAAGACACUGUGCUACAUCCUGUAGUACAUAAUCAUUUUGGAACCUUUUGAAUGUGGUUUACAUUUGGUGUACAUUCAUGUAAUUUAUUGAUGUUGUACUUCAUAUUUAUAUUACGAGUCAUUUCACACCAAAUCUGUGAUUUUCUGACUUUUUUUUUUUUUUUUGGAGGGGGAGGGGGUAAUUAAAACCAUGUUUCCAUUCUGUAAAGUAAACUGUCUUUAUGUACAGUAGCAGACAUUGAAUAAGAUAAUGUACAAAAAUCUACAAAAAAAGUCCACACUUAAGUGCAGUGGAAAUACAAGCAGGUGUGUUGUGUCUUCACUUUUUCUCUUGGCAUUUCUCUCCUUUGUCACGCUCAUUGGACCUAGCGUGAAGAAUCGUCUCCAGUGCAGAAAGGUGGAAGAUUUGUGUCCACUGUGGGGCGAAAGAAACAAACAUGAGUGAGCACAAUAACAGACUUUUAAGAUGCUGUGCAACGUCUGAAGAAUAGUCACGUUAUAGUAGCAUUUAUGGCGGCUGUCAAACGAUUGUUGAUCAUUCUGUAGUUCACAGGCAAGUUGAUCAGAAACUGAUCACAUUUUGAAUGUAUUAAUUUAUUUGUCUAUAAUAUUUUCAUUACGGGUAAUUAAAUAAGAUGCGCAACACUAACUAUUGUUUUAUGACAUAAUAUACUGUAGCAUUUUUUAUUCGCAUGUUAUUUUAAUGCGGGUGUUUUUGCGUUUUUUUCCACAUCUUUACUAUAUUUAUUAGAAUAUUUUUGGGGUUACUUAAACAAGACAUGCAUAAUUGUAUUUAUUUGAUUAAAAUGCUUAAUGUUUCCAAAUAGCGUUUUUGGGAAAAGUUUUGUAUGCAACGUAGUAUGUCCGCCAUCUUUGUGGAGUUUUUUUUUUGUGAUUCCACAGUUCUUCAACAUGCAACUGUAUUGUUGAUAAUAAAGGUAAAUUAUUGGUAUUGUUCAUUAUCAAUAGUGCUAUUUCUAUUGGUAUUUGUAUUGAUCCAUUUGUAGUGUAAUAAUGCUCAUUGUCAUUUCUGUAUUAUUUUUUAUUUUUCGCUAACUGCUUAUUUGCUAUUACUUUUACCAUCAUAUUUGUACAUGUCAUAUUUGCUGAUGUUGCUCUAUUGUUGUUGUUUGCUGUUGUUGUUUUUGUCUCUCUGUCUAAUCCCCCUCUUGUCCCCACAAUUUUCCCCCUCUGUCUUCUUUUUUUUUCUCUUUCUAUCCCCUCCUGCUCCGGCCCGGCUGCACUAAAUGAUAAUAUAAAUACAUUUAAUAAAGUCAAAUACAAAUAAGGCAACAAGAGAAGUAUCCUACACUUCUCUUUUGUAAAGUAAAUCUGAACAGCCGACAUGGGCAUCUACAUCAACUAUAUGAUUUGCCUGAGAAGCUGGACAGGACACACAAAAAAAAAAAAAAAAAAAAAACAUGCAGGUUUAAUUAGUUUGAGUUUAAUUUCAAGCAACAAAAUAUCAAUGACUAAACUGAACUGCUUUGAAAUGAUCGCACAAUGAAAAAAUAAAAUAUUCACUGCAACAUGUUGGCCAACUUUGUGGAGUGUGUAGCGGCAGGCCUUUUUUUCUGUCUUUUUUUUUUUUUUUAAUUUAUCAAAUACUUUGGGUUAACCUUCAGCCUCAGACCUAAUUGUUUUAAACUAUGACGUGAUGAUAUAGUGUUCAGGGCGUCCUGAAAGCCAUCUUUGUGGAGUAUGUUGCUGCAAGACUCUUUGAUUUAGAUUAAGUAUUUAUUUAACAUUUUAUCAUUAACUCCUAAACAUAAUUGUUUGGAAGUUUUGACAUGUAGUGCUUUUAUAGCCAAAUAUAAUGUUAUGGGCAGGAGGGAGGCUAUCUUUGUGGCGUGUAUACAGUAGAUCGCUUGUGUUCCGACACGUGACUUCUUCCUUGAACUAAAGAAAAAUUGGUGGUCAACCAAGCCAAAAUGGCUGUUUGACUAUCUGAGUACGUAAGGGCAGGGCCGGCCCGUGGCAUAGGCCGUAUAGGCAAAUGCUAAGGGCGCCGUCCAUCAGGGGGCGCCACGCCAGUGCCACAAAUGUUGGAGGAAAAAAAAAAAAAAGUUGGUACUAUUAUUUCUAAAUACAAAAAAUAAUCCCACGUUAAUUAAAAUGCAAAGUAAAGCCUAUUUAAUAGAAAUAUUAUUUGUUACAACAUUACGCCCCCUCCUCCCGCA